GAAAUUCUGUUUCCAACUCUUUUAACUUUGAUCAAAAACCUUUGCUUCCCACCUUUUGAUAAGGUAUCCGCUAGAUGUAUGUAUUUUUUAUUUAUUUACUUGAGUCCAUUCCUGGAUGUUUCUGACUAACUUCUGACAGAACUGCACCGCCUCCCGGCCGGCAUGCAGCUCUCUGCCUCCAGCAGCUCCGGGCUCCUCGCCGGCUCUUUCCUCCCAUCGCCGCCGCCCGGCGCGGCUCCCUCCCGGCCAAAGCCCCAGGAGUUCCUCCCGGGCGGCUGCUCGGAGCCAUCCUCCCCGCCCCAGGAGUCCGCGUUCCGGCUGCAACAGCGCCGCCCCAUCAGCUCCUCCUUUCUAAUCCAGGACAUUUUAGCGGAGUCCCGGACUUUUUCUGACACUGUCCGGCCCGGACCACGAGUCCAACCGUGUGACUGCAGAUCCGAUGAAGAUUAUUGGGAUAAAAUGAGCGUUUCUCCCGCUAGCGACAACAAAGGGGCUGGACUAAAUUCGGAUGAAUGGUCCCAACACGUUUCCCCUGAAGGCGGCAGGAGCUUUGAUCCGGUUGGAGUACGCCUCAAGAAACCCCGUAAAGCUCGGACAGCGUUCAGUGACCAGCAGCUGUCGAGGCUGGAGAGAAGCUUCCAGAAGCAGAAGUACCUGAGUGUGCAGGACCGGAUCGAGCUGGCCGCCUCUCUGCAGCUCAGUGACACCCAAGUAAAGACCUGGUACCAAAACCGAAGGACAAAGUGGAAGCGUCAGUCCGCCGCAGGCCUGGAGCUUUUGGCUUCAACCGACAAGAUGUUCCUGCCCACACACUUCCUGUGUCCUCCUACCUCACCCAUCGUGGACUCCUACCUGUACAGAAGCCCCGCCCACCACUACUGCCACCCCACAGCGCUCCCUCUCCUCCCCCAUGUAUUCACCCACAUGGACCCCCACUGACAGCAGAAUGAUGGAGGACUGUUUUCAACAGAUUCUUGUCAAUCUUCAGAAGGAUUAAAGUGAAGGAUUAAAAGGUGGAGCUCUGAAGAUGAGUCAGAGCUGAGGGUUCAAUCCCCAACCAGAAGUCCUGCAAGUAGAAAGAUUAAAUUAUCCAAUCUCAUUCUCACUUCAAACUGAGAAUUUAAACAUUUUUUGGUUUCAAUCAAUCUCUUCAGCCUGAAAUUUUGGUUCUCAUCUGGAUCUUUACAUCUCAUUAAAACCUAAUAAGUCCUUAUUUAGAUCGUCACAUAUCAAGACAUUUUUUUUCUUUCAUAUUUGUAGCUCUGCUGGAUGUUUUUUGCUAACAGGUUGGUUCUGUUUCAACUUAGUGCUGGUUCCACAUAAACUUGUGAUGCACUUGU